AUGAAGAUUCUCUCAUUCUGCCACAGCUCCAGAGCCAGCUCCCCUCUCCCUGGUUUUAUUGUUUUCUUCCUUACUUUGUAUGGUCACAAGAUGGAAUCAGCAAAAUUCACAGUGAUUGGACACCAGGAUCCUAUCACUGCCAUCGUGGGUCAGGAAGCUGUGUUACCCUGUCACCUGUCCCCGCCGAUGAGCGCUGCAAACAUGGAGGUGAGAUGGUUCCGAUCUCAGUUUUUAUCCAUUGUGCACCUGUACCGUAAUGGGAAGGAUCAGUAUGAAGGGCAGAUGCCAGAGUAUCGGGGAAGGACAGAGCUUUUGAAAGCCGGACUCACAAAUGGAAACAUUCCCUUGAGGAUUCUCAAUAUCAGACGCUCUGAUGAAGGACAAUACCACUGCUUUGUUGAAGAGGAUACUUUUUAUAAAGAAACCGUGUUGGAACUGAGAGUAGCAGGUCUGGGCUCUGCUCCUCUCAUCUCUGUUGAGGGUCACCAGGAUGGAGGGAUCCAGGUGGUUUGUCGAUCAGCUGGUUGGUACCCAGAGCCCAAAGUGCUAUGGAGAGAUCUCAGUGGGCGGCGUUUACCAUCACUCUCUGAAGUAAUAUCCCAAAGGGAUAAUGGCCUGUUUGAAACAGAAACUGCUCUCAUUGUAAAAGAACAUUCAAACCAAAACUUGUCCUGUUGCAUCAGGAACACCGUUCUCAAUCAAGAAAAGGAAUCAGCAGUUUAUAUAGCAGAUCCAUUUUUCCCAAGGGUGAAUCCCUGGAUGGUGGCUCUGAGUGUGAUCCUGGGGAUUUUGUUUGGUUUCACUGGCUUCACUGUUUGUCUCUUUAAAAUGAAAGGGAAACUUACUGAAGAAGUUGGGAAACUUACUGCAGCACUUGGGUGGAGAAGAUCUGUAGAACAAGCGAAUGCGACUCUGGAUCCAGACACAGCUCAUCCCAGACUGGUCCUGUCUGAGGAUCGGAAAAGUGUGAGAUGGGGAGACACACGGCAGCAUCUGCCUGACAACCCUGAGAGAUUUGACUCUGAUCUCUGUGUGCUGGGCUGUGAGGGAUUCACCUCGGGGAGACAUUGCUGGGAGGUGGAGGUGGGGGGUGGGGAAAGCUGGGCUGUGGGGGCGGCCAGAGAGUCUGUGGGGAGGAAGGGACGGAUCAGCCGUAGCCCUGAGGGGGGGAUCUGGGCUGUGCAGUGCUGGUGGGGGGGUCAGUUCCGGGCUCUCACCGACCCUGAGGCCCCCCUGCCCCUGCCCCGCAUCCCCAGCAGGAUCCGGGUUUGUCUGGACUGUGACCGGGGGCAGGUGACAUUUAUCGAUGCUGGUGAAGAGACCUUGAUCUUCACUUUCCUGUCGGGCCCCAUCCCUGGGGAGAGAAUCCGACCCUGGCUCUGGGUGGGGUCGGGAGCCCAGCUCAUAUUGUGUCCCUGA